CAACGUUCAAGAUGAGCGAACAAAACGAAGCCGCAACAUAUAGUGAGGACGUCAUCGCAGAAUCAAGUCACAACUCUGAACAGAAAUCGACCAUGGGACGACCUACCACAACCUCGCCGACGAGCGAAAGUCGGGGCAAGUCGCCUGUCAACGGUCACUCUCGGUUCGGUGCUCCCGCGGACGACCACUUCCGAAUGUUCUUGGAGAGUUUUGCAAACAAUGCCAAGGGCCCUCGGAUUUCUUUGCCGAAAAAGACGCAUGAGCGAAAAGGAAUUGCCGGACGCUAUCCCGAAUUCUUUGGGGGAGAAGUCUGCCGUGCUCAACUCAAGACUUUUCUGGCUGAUUACCCGCCCGACCCAUGGAACCACGGCUGGGUAGAGAUCAAAGGCGACGGUGCCGUCAUGUUUGAAUCAAAGCGGCAAAUGCUCGUUUGCAGACAGCUCGCCAAGCUCGUCGUUCUCUCGCAUCUUCUCGUCUUCAACUCGAACCGUCUCCUCACCCAGGCUCUUCGGGACAUACUGCCGCUGUCGGCCGAGUCUGCCUUGUUCAACCAGGUACGAAACGAGGCGUACACUCUGUUCAGCAAGUACGAGGACGAGUUCCUCUGGGAAGGUUUCUACCAACUGGUUAACAACAUGCUAGAUCUUCAUGGGCAUGCUGUGACAGGCGAUUUCCGCCUCGAUGCCGACGUCUGGGAGCGCAAUGCAGAGAACCUUAUCCACACAGAGCAGUUCCUGCUGGAUACUUUCACCAAAGAACUCUGGCUUGAGUACUUUGACAUGUUCGAGGAUCUUGCCGACUGGGACGCUGUGUUUGAGGACCGCACCGCCAUGCCCUUCUUCUUCAUCAGCACCCUCUACACCACGAUCUGCUUUGAGAUGGCCGAUGUGGUGCUCAGUGAGCGCCGGAUGAAUCCAGCCGAGCCAGAGGAGGUCGUGACCCAGACUGAGGCCAAGGGUAACGAGGAUUCGCAGCCCCCCGUCGUGUCAGCAGCCGCCAUACGCGACACUGUCCGCUGGAACACCGACUCGGAGGGACGGGCGCAUAUGCACUGCUUCCUCGAGAUGAUGGGUGCGCACCCGGACUUUUGUGAUGUGGAGCUGGACUUGUUCCCUUGGAUCGAGUGGAAGGAGCCCUCCACAGAUGCAUUGCUCAUGGAGAUCUCCAGGGAGACAAUGCGACACCGCUACGUCAAGAAGAAUGUGCCCCGGGCUUCCAAGAGAGGCAUGCAGAUCAGGAGCUCGGAAGAUAUGCAAGUUGACUGA